AUGCCGUUCUUUAAACACGAACAGAUAGUGGACAAGUCGUUCGAACAGGAAGGCAACACGACCCCGGGAGAGGCCAGCGGUGGCAAUGAGAGAGUCUCCAAUGAAAGCGACAUCGAGCCUGGCGUUCGGGUGAAGCCCUCCGGACGUCAUGAGACGCAGCCAACAGACAGAAUCAGUGGGCAUCAGAUCUUUUACAUCUUUGGACUCGAUGGCAUUGGUGCCGGCGUCCUCUCCGGGGGCAUAAACUUUGCCAUCGCCUACGGUAAAAACUCUCAACGACUCGUAGAGCUUAGGCUUCGAGCGAGCAAAGCCGGCAGAAGGACAGUCACUGACACAAACCAUACAGGCAUGUACUCAACUCAGAAUAUCGAGCGUAACCCCAUUCGCCUUUUUCAGCUGCCCAACACACUAGCUGGAGAUGCAGUGGUGACCACGGUCAUCCAAACGGCAAUGACAUGGUUCAUCGAGUUCAUCCUAGCCAACCACGACAUAAAGAACGGGGCCGUCCGCCCGAUAGGCUUUAUCAGGGAACCUUCGCACCCUUUCCUGCGGUGGUUUAUGAUGCUCGAUCAAGAGGACGCGGCACACACCAAGAGCAGGCUCACGAUGUUCUCUGAUCACAUUAUUCGGAUCGGCUUAAUCUUUGUUGUUUCAUUCAUUUUGCUCUGGCCAGCAUCAGUCGGGAUCUUGACCACAAUCGGACACCGGGGAUCAGGGAGUGAUUGGGACUGGUACUUCCACCGCAAGUGGGCGCCGGAAAUUUUCAAAGGGGUCUAUGGGGGCCUACUCGGUCUUCUCACGACGCCGGCUAUGGCUUCGUUUUGGCUGGUCAGGGAGGGAUGGCGCUUGAAGAGGGGAGGGUCUUUAUUGAGUUGA